AUGGCCGCACCACCUUCGCUACCUCCAAUGGAGAGCUCCGAGAGCUUCAAUCCAGACUUCAACGCAUCGUCCAACCUCCAGGACGCCAACGGCAAUGCUGAAAAUACACCCGUGUCGCCCAUUGACAACCAUCAUGCUGCACCAGUCGCCCAUGCGCACGAGCAGAAGCAGGACGCUCCAGAUGCGCAGUUACAGCAGAAAGUGCACGAUGUCUUGCAGUCUGACAUCGGCGUUAAUACACUGUUGAACCGCCUCAAGGCGAGCAUCGCCAGUGCUCGAGAUUUUGCGAGCUUCUUGAAGCGCCGCGGUGCUAUGGAGGAGGAGCAUGCCAACAGUCUGAAAAAACUCAGCCGUUCGACACUCGACAGCAUACGCAAGCCUGACGGGCGCCACGAGAGCUAUCAGACCCAGUUCGAGCUCGUCAUGCACGCCAAUGAGCGCAUCGGCGACAACGGCACACAGUUUGGUCUCGCGCUCCACGCCAUGCACGAGAACUUGCUGCAGCUGGCCAACAAGAUGGACGCCAGCCGGAAGACGUGGAAGCAGCAGGGCCUGGCUGCCGAGGCAAAGGUCCAGGACGCCGAAAAGCUGGCUGAAAAGGCAAAGGCCAAGUACGACCAGCUUUCAGAAGAUCUUGACCGCGUCAAGACAGGAGAUACUGGCGCUGGCAGGAAGUUUGGGUUGAAAGGCCCCAAGUCAGCUGCUCAGCACGAGGAGGACCUGCAGCGCAAAGUUCAGGCUGCUGAUCAAGACUAUGCGAGCAAAAUUCAGACAGCGCAGUCAUACCGCAAGGAGCUGGUAUCUACCACGCGUCCUCAAGCUGUCACUGCCAUGGUCGAUCUGAUCAAGGAGAUCGAUGCUGCUCUGACUAUGGAGAUGCAGAAGUACGCUUCCUUCAAUGAGAAGCUCGUUGUGAACAACGGCCAGGUUGUGAGCCCUCAGCCGCUCAAGGGCAGCACAAGCCAACCGUCCCCAAGCAUCAAUCAGCUCGUCUAUCAAAUCAACAACGAGCGAGACUUCGAUGAUUACAUCUUAAAGCAUGCCUCCAAGGUACCAUCCGUGCGAACAGACUUGCAAUACGUCAAGCACCCCACACAGGCUUCCAAAGUAGCUCAGCCCACUCCACCCCCUGCCGCCAUUGGAGACCGCCGGACGUCGUUACAAAGUCAACCACCCCCCUCGUUUGGCCUACAGCAGAACGAUUCCGCAUCAUCACCUGCACAGCAUCAACCCCCAUAUCCUGCCGAGCCUGCUCAGCAACCAAGUUAUCAGACGUACAAUACGGGCUACCAGCAACCACCGCAGCCACUGCAGCAACCGCAUCUACAAGCCUCUACUUCAGCCUACUCUCCUGUUGCGCAGAACCCCUAUUCACAGUCCGACUAUUCCAGAGGCCCUGCCGGUCAAGUGGCGGCACAGCAGUCGAGCGGAGUGUUGCACAGCCCUGUUGGUCCUCCAUCAAACCCGGUAUUUGGAGUCACUCUAGACCAGUUGUUUGCUAGAGACGGCUCGCCAGUACCUUUGGUGGUAUAUCAGUGCAUUCAAGCCGUCGAUUUAUACGGUCUGGAAGUCGAAGGCAUUUACCGCAUUCCAGGCACUUCGUCCCACAUUCAACACAUGAAGGCCUUGUUUGACAGUGACGCGACCCAAGUCGAUUUCCGUAACCCCGAGGCCUUUCAACACGACGUCAAUAGUGUUGCUGGUCUGUUGAAACAGUUCUUCCGAGAGCUCCCGGACCCUCUCUUAACUCGGGAUUUUUAUACUAAAUUCAUUGAUGCAGCACGCGUCGACGAUGAGACGAUGCGGCGGGAUUCGAUGCAUGCGUUAAUCAACGCACUCCCGGAUCCCAACUAUGCUACGCUUCGGGCGAUAAUGCUGCAUCUACGAAGGGUGGAGCAAUCAUCAGAGGUUAACCGCAUGAGCACUGCCAACCUCGGCAUUUGUUGGGCACCGUCCAUCAUGGGCCCGCAUCAAGGCAACAACAUGGCAGACGCUGGGCUUCAAGCUCGCGUCAUCAUCACCAUACUCGAAAACGUUCUUCAAAUAUUUGAUGAGGAUUAA